CUCUCCCCCCCCCGCCCCCCCCCAGUGUCGGCUUCUGGGGCUGCGCCAGGGGCAGGCCUGAGCAGGGCGUGUGGGAGAGGGAUUGUGUGUCACCCCCCCACCUGCUGCGGGGGGCCCAGCUGUCCUUUCCAUCUCUGCAGGCCCCACACUGAGGUCACUGCCCAAAGUGGGAGUGAGGCAGGCUUGACCUUUGGCCCCCGGCUCCUGGGAUUCUUCUCAAACGAAGGGCCGGUGGCGUGGGUGUGGCUGCCUGCUCUUAGCCCCAGGUUCAGUCAGCCUGAGCAGCCCGCUGCUGGGGAACAGCGCAAGGAGCUGCCUCCGGUCGUCGGUCGUUGGGAAACACAAAAGGUUGGGAGCGGAGACAGGCCCAAGCGCCAGUAAUGAGAGAGUGGCCCGUGGAGGAUCCUCAGUUGACAAGGGAGCAUGCUGCAGGGCUUCUUGGUGUAGAGAGAAGAGCUGGAGAGAUGGCGGGAGGAGAUUGCAGGUCCUGGAGCUGCCGCCAGCUUCUACUCCGACCAGCUGUUGCUAUCCUGAUGUCAGCCGCUUUCCUGCAUGUGGCCAGCGCUCAGAACCGGCCUGGCAAGCUUUGGAAAGAAGCACCCGUCCACACUGACUUCUUGUCCCAUUUGGGUCAGGCCAUGAAGGAGACCCUGGAGGAGAUGAUUGGGCAAGAGGCUGUUCAGAUGGUGGCUGAGACCAUCUCUGCCAUGUUCUGGAUUGUCUCCAAUGGCAUCUCCGCAGGGCUGAUCAUGCUAUCUGAGAUCAUGGGACAGAUCCUUAGUGCUUGUGGCAUGAAUGGGGACCAUGUGAUGCAGACCUUGAAGCUAGACCCUGCCCAUGUGCAGACUCUGCUGCUGUGGGGCCUGGCUGCGCUGUUUGGCUAUUGGCUACUGUCGCUGGUGCUGGGCCUGGUGCUGAACAUCCUGGGCCACAUCAUGACAGGAGUGAAGGUGGCCUUCUUCCUGGUCUGCUUCAUCUUCAUCAUUUCCUCUGUGCCCAACCCCUCCUUGCAGGCCCUGCUGCUGCUGGCCCUGCUUACUGUCUAUGCCCUGCUGGGGCACCUGACUAGGACUCAGCAUUCUGGGACACAGUUAGAAGCCAAGGUGCGCAGCCUGGAGCAGCAGGUGGAUGAGCUGCGGCACCACCAGAGGCGGGUGUCCCCCAGGGACCGGGAGCAGGAGGAUUGAGGGGCUGGGAGGGACGGCCUUUUCCCAUCAUGCUAUACCAAAAACUGACUCAAGUAGCACCACUGCCUUCAUGCUGCCCCUGCUCUUCCCCUCCCCUUUGUACACACUGCCAACCCCAGCCACCCCAUAGACUUCCAGAGUCUCUCCCUUGUGUGUAGGCUCCCAGGCCCCACCUGCCCAAUGCAUUCAUUCUCCCGAGCCCCUUCUCUUUGUGUACACCCAUUUCACCCCACCCAUUCCCUCCUAGAAUCUCUCAAGCCUUUCUCCUCAUUGCCCCUGGCACUUGCAGCUGCCUCCCUCCUCUAAGGAAGACCAGAGCCCAGUGGAAACUCACUAGAAGGGAAAUGAGCCCCUGGGAGAGGAUAUAGCUCCCUGGCCUUCCCUCUUCCUGAAAGAACAGGGGCUGGACAAUCCCACAACCAUUUCCUGUAGCAUCACUGCUCUGGGGCUAAAAUUUUAGGGUUCAUGGGGGCAGGUCCUUUGUGGGGGGGGCGGGCAGUUCCAGUCACUAAAAUGCUGAACUUCCUAUUUCCCUGAUGCCUUCCUCAUCCCCUUUCCCAGCAUCAUCUGAGUUUUUCCCAACCCCUCUUCUCUCCCUCUGCCCCUUCUCCCUGUCAUCAUCAUGGCUCCUGCCCCCAUGUCAUGCCAGACCCUCAGCCUCAUUAAGGUGGCAGAGUCCUUAGGGCUCAGUUCACUGCAGUUCUCUACCCUUUACUUUCCCAGUAGCUUCUACUGGCAUCAGGGGCUGCUCAGGGCUCUUCCUGGGGCUGGACAUGAAGGGCAGGGGCACAGUAUUAACCGGGAGUGGGGCGGGAAAUCUCUGUUCAAAGAGGAUGUGUCAAGGGACAGGAUAGAGUCAUCCUCCUUCCCCAGUAUCUUAAUUUGAGCCAACAGUGCCUUUCUAUGUUGUUUGUCCAAGACUGGUGUCUCAGGUGUGAAAUACAGACCUGUGUGAAUGUGGAGGUGUUUGCAUACCAUUUUUAAGGCCUUCCCUCCAACUAUCGGCCAAGCCAAAGAUACUCUGCAAAGCAAGGAGGUGCAGUUUAAACCCUGGAUCUGAUGAGCAAGGAGGGAAAAGAGCAGUGUGGCUGGCACACAUGCCAUGUUGUAGGGGACUUUUAUCUUCCUCUGUCCUAUAGCCUAGAGUAGAUGGAUGCAGCUCAGCAGAGACAAGAAGUACAGGACAAUAGCCUACUGGGGUAGGGGGACUGACAGGAGGGGCCUGCUCCUUCUCCAUGCUCCCUCAGUGAGACUGGCCAGAGGCUGGGGAGUAGGGGCUCUUGGGCUUGCGGGGAGUUGCCACACCAUCUUUUUUAAAUUAGAAUUUUUAACCAACCAAUUAUUGCCUGUUUCCAAAUAAAGUCUAUUUUAAUCACAGCGUGCCUGGCUCUGGUG